ACACCUAACGGACACCUAAUUGAACAUUUUGCAAUUUCUAAUAAGUUAGAAAUGUGUUUGAAUAUCAAAAUUUUAAAUAUUUUUGUUAUUUCUUAAAUUAUUCAUCCUAUUCAACACAAUAACACACAUGUGAAUAUGUGUAAAAAAAUAACUACACGUGUACCAAAAUAUAACAUACAAAAACCAUAUCUUGCCUACAUUUCACAUUUUAUAUGCACCAUAAUUCCUACAAAAACCCUUCCCAUUUUAUUUAUUUAUUUAUCUUUUUUUUUUAAUAAAGGUACAAAACCCUUCUUUGUAAGCUCUGCAAAUGUUGCAAGGGUUUUACAUAGUUCACCAAGAAUUAAUAUUUUCUUCAAUUAUUAUUUAUUAUUAAUUGAACUAUGAUAAAUUAUUAUUAUUAUUUACUAAUCAUAUCAAAGUUGUUAAAUUAAAUCUUCAGAAAUUAGAUAAAUUUGAAUUUCUUAACCAUGAUAUGAACUGCAGCUCCAACGCAGUCGUAGCUCCGCCAACUCUCAUGGCGGCUGCGAACAUCCACCGCCGCCACUACUCCCUAUCGGCCUCCUCCUUCCCUCCUCCGUACAGCCGCCGUUUUCUCAACACCCACCUCUUCGCAUCACCGAAACCACCGCAAAACCCGGCCAAAACUAUCUCCAUCUCCUUCUCCGUUCUCAGAAUUUCCCUCCACAACAACCGCAGCAACUGCCGGAGCUCCGCGACCGCUUUCAAUAACCCCGAUUCCGAGCCGGAAGAAAACGAGAAGCGCUUAGAAGAAGCAAUAGAAGCCGUGAGGGAUUAUUUGGAACAAGCAGGAGCUCCGAGAGAAGACGCCGCCAUCAUUUCCGUCAACUGCCCCAACUAUUUGAAGAUGCUGAUUGACGGCGUCGAUGACCUCGACGACUGGAAUACUUGGUCCGCCGCCGCCGCCGCAAGUCCCAGCCAAGAAAUCACGGCGGAUGCCCUAGAUUUUAGGACGAAAGUGUACCGAAUGGCGGAACAGAAAAAGGAUAAUGGUAUUCUCCCCUUCCUGGAGAGCCUCGGCCUCUCUCUCUCUUCCGCCAAUCACUUAGCUCGAUAUCUUUCUUCUUCAAAAUCCAAUGCGCUUCCCCUUCUCGUCCACAAGGUUAAGUAUGUGAAGGAAAUAUUGUUUUCUGACAGCGAUGAACACGAACUUAUCGGAAAAAAUGCGCGGCGUAUGAUGGCCCACCUCUCCAUUUCUGCCGAUGAUGAUGUGCAGCAAACAUUAGCAUUUUUCGAAAAGAUUCAAGCAAGGCGUGGGGGUUUGAAUCUUUUGGCUUCGGAGCAUACCUCUUUUCGGUAUCUCAUUGAAUCUUUUCCGCGCCUUCUGCUUACGCCUCUACAAUCUCGAGUGAAGCCACUUGUGCAGUUCUUGGAAGAUAUUGGGGUCCCUAAAAGACUCGUAAGAAACGUUCUUCUGUUAUUCCCACCUAUUUUGUCCUAUGACAUUGACAAGGAUAUCAAACCAAGACUACGCUCGUUUCAGAAGAUUGGUGUAAAAGAUAACGAUCUUGGAAAGAUGCUUGUCAAGUAUCCAUGGCUUCUUUCUGCUAGCAUCUUGGAAAAUUUUGAGAAAGUCCUCGAUUUCCUUGAUGAGGAGAAGGUCCCGAAAAUUCUCUCUUCCCGUGCAAUAAAAAACUGGCCUCAUAUCUUGGGUUGUUCAGUUAACAAGCUGAAGCUGAUGGUGGACCAGUUAAGUGAGAUGGGCAUUAAAAAUAAGAAAUUAGGUCAAGUUAUUGCCACAAGCCCGCAGCUACUACUUCGCAAGCCUCAAGAAUUUCUUCAGGUGGUAUCUUUCUUCAAAGAUUUAGGUUUAGACGAGGAAUCUAUUGCUAGAACAAUUAGUCGUUGCCCCGAAAUUUUUGCUGCAAGCAUAGACAACACACUCGAGAAGAAGUUGAAGUUUCUUUCCGAUAUUGGAAUUUCCAAAACUCACCUUCCGAGGGUUAUCAGAAAAUACCCGGAACUAUUUGUUUGUGAUGUCGACAAAGCAUUACUUCCAAGAAUGAGGUAUCUGAUGAAGCUGGGGCUUUCAAGAAAUGAUAUAGGGUUCAUGGUACGUAGAUUCUCGCCUCUACUCGGUUAUAGUAUCGAGGAAGUUUUGAGACCGAAGAUGGAGUUUUUAGUGAAGACGAUGGGGCGGUCCGUAAGAGAAGUUGUGGAGUAUCCGAGGUAUUUUAGCUACUCGUUGGAGAAGAAGAUAAAGCCGAGGUAUUGGGCUUUGAAAGGUAGGAAUGUAGAGUUUACAUUGAAGGAGAUGUUGGGUAAGAAUGAUGAGGAAUUUGCAUCUGAUUAUUUGGAUAUACUUGUUCCUCCCUCUUGACAAAAGAACUCUUUCUUCUUGUACAUAACUCUCUCUCUCUCUCUUUUGUAGUUAGAAGUUUGAGAUAU